AAAAAGCAAUAAAUAGAUUUCAGCAUAAACGGAAAGGGAAAAGAACAUAUAGUAUUAUUAACCAAAAAAAAAAAAAUUAAAAAAAAAAAAAGGAAACAAGAAAAAGAACAGAGUGUUCUUCUUCUGUUAGUACUACUUAAUAUUGUUUGACUUUCUUCUGAACUUUUGCCGACUGAAAGAGGUGCACUGUUUCAAAGUCUUUCCCAAAAUUUAAUUCCAGCAAAUAGAGACAAAAAUUUGCCGAGAAGAACAAUAAAUGCAUCCAGAUUCCACCGCAUAAGCUUUACGCUAUAUAUGCAUUCCGAUCACCGGUACAUAUAUCCGGUGUUAAUCGGAGAAAUCCCCUUGAUAACCAAAAUUCACCCAGUAUAAUUAUUUGAUUUGCUUUUUUACCCAUGGAUUCUUUGGAAACUAAGGAAGGUGAAGAAGCAGAGGAGGAGGAGGAGGAGGAGGAGGAGGAGGAAGAAAAUGUAGAAGAACCCAACAAGGGUUGCUUUUAUUUAUCGUGUUGGAGGUGUUUUAGACUGUUUUUGACUAUUUUGGGAGCUCUUUCCCUUUCAAUCUUGGUGCUUUUUGUAGCUGUUUUCGUUGGAAAUAUGUCAAUUUGGAACCCCAUUUCUGUUCAUACUCAGUGCAAGAUAGUGUCCAGCAGUAAGUAAUUUGUGUAUUCCGCUUUUAACUCUCCCUUUUUCUUUCUGUAUUUUGCAUUUACUGUUCGUUUUAGCUUCUGAUAAAUUGCAAUAAUACAGUCAUUUCGAUUGCAUUUAUGGAAAUGCGGCUUUGGGGCGGAACUCUUUCUAUGGUAUAUAUGCUUUGAGUUUAGGUGGUUUGUGGGAAAGGAAUUCUGGGAUAUUAUGUUAUAUGUUGAUGUAGAGGAAUGCAUUCUAUACGGAAGAGGCUGAAUUUGUGCUGAAUACUUGAGAAAUACUCUAAAUUAGAUAUCGGACUGAAUGGCUUCUUCUGUACUGGAACUAUUUAUAAGGUAUUCAUACGGUUUGCUAAAUAAUCACACUUCUGAAAUUAGUGGCUUUUGUUUGAGAUUUUGAUUUUCAAUCUGCUUGCGCUCAUUAUCGGUUCUUGUUCGAUGACAUUUUCACACUCUUUACUUACUUUGUCGUGCAUGAAUGGAGAGUACCAAUGUUGGCUGUUUCUGAUGGACUCUAUUCUGGCUGGAAAAGGACAUAAGCUAAAUAAUAAUGGCUUUGCUGGUAAAGUAGAUUCUUUUAUUAGGUAAACAAUUAAAAGAAUGGAUGAAUCAAAAACAGUUGUUUGAUGAAAGUUUAGUGUACUGGCACAAGGGGAGUCAUAAUCGAACUAUUGGUGAACAUUGCAUGCCAUUCCUUCCUGUAUUGCUGAUUAUGUUUAUAUGCUAUUGGGAUGGGAACGCAUAACCUUUUUCUUUUCUCUUUUGCAGGUGUGGAUUUGAGAUCCUCCAAAGUCUGUGAACUAGGAUUACUGAACUAUAGAGCUAAGCAUGUUUUUUAUCCCCAUGAAAGAAAGAAAUUUCGAUGUCAUUAUGAUUACUAUUGGGCAUCAGUGUUUGAGGUCAAAUAUGUGGAUCACUCUGGUCAGGAGAGACUUGGAUCAGCAGAGGUGCCAGAUGAAGCCCUUCCUUUGAACUGUCGGCCAAGUUUUGGUGCCGCAUGGCUGACCAAAGACAAAUUUAAGGUAAAUGAAUCUUAUGAUUGCUGGUACUCAUUGGGAAUUUCAAAAGUGAACAUGCAGCAUCGUGGUUUUCUCAGUUGCCAGGCUCAUGACCCAUCUACUUUUGAGAUGCUCAGACGAUAUAUUACCCUGUCUUUGAGGAUACUAAAAUCUUGGUUUGCAAACUCUGGAUCACUUGAUCUCUGGAGAUUGGAAGUUAUAGCAGGAAUUAUUACUGGGUUUGUUAGUGCCUUGGUAACUAUUUUCCUGCUUACGUUUUUGCGGAAGUUGGUGUCCUCCUUACGCCAGACUAUGGCAGAAAGAACAUAUGCAGCCAGUUUUGGGCGUGUUUGCUUCUUUUUAGCAUACUUCACCUUUAUGGGUUGGUUGACUUUAGAGUAUGCUAAAAGAAUCGGUCUCCCUGAGAUUUUAGGGUAUGGCUAUAGUUGGUAGGAGUCUCUAAUGUAGUGGUGCUGAAAAUUCUGCAAACGUGGUCAUUGCAGAACUAAUAUUUUCUGUAACAUCACCAAGCAAGUAUAGGUUUUGUAAAAUGGUUCUGUUUUGUCCGGGUAAGUUCUCUUGUUUGCCCGAGGGACUCUUAUGGGAAUGUGGCAAAUGUAGCUGAGGUAAGUGCAUGUGUACAUCAUACAACUGUUUGUCUUUCUGAAGAUAUUAAUGGGAGACAUCUGUGUAUAUCAUUUGUAACUUUUUUUUAUGCCUGGCUGAAAAUGAAAUCCUCAUAGCUCCUUCACAUAGAUAUUUACCUCUGCAGUCUUGUUUAAGUUUUGAUGGCCUUUGGCUACAAAUAAUCAUUGUAAUGUGAUCUUUCACUAUGAUUUGUGAUGAUACCUGGAAUUACUACCGCC